UCUUCUCGUCAUCUCUGUAGACCUCUCUGCAAUUCGUUUCCAUUCAUUUUUCGCCACAGUAAAGCAUGUUUUCUUCGUCUAAUAAAACAUUAACAAUGCUUCUACUUUCUAUAUUCAUGGCUUCUGUAAUUGCCGCCAGCGCCGGCAACUUUCUCCAAGAGGUCGACAUUACUUGGGGUGGUCCGCGCGCCAAGAUAUACGAUGGAGGCCGACAACUCACCCUCUCGCUUGACAAAGAUUCAGGGUCCGGAUUCCAGUCCCAGAAGGAGUAUCUUUUUGGAAGGUUUGACAUGCAAAUCAAGCUGGUGCCUGGAAACUCUGCUGGCACCGUCACCACCUUCUAUGAAAGGCACGAUGAGAUUGACUUUGAGUUCUUAGGCAAUUCAUCCGGAGAUCCAUACACACUUCACACCAACGUGUACUCACAGGGAAAAGGAAACAGGGAACAACAAUUUUACCUUUGGUUUGAUCCUACAAAGGCGUUUCACACAUACUCUAUCGACUGGACCCCACAAAGUAUCAAGUUUUUUGUGGAUAACAUUCCCAUAAGAGUAUUCCGAAACCGGGAAACAAUUGGCAUUCCGUACCCAAAAGGCCAACCCAUGAGAGCUUAUUCAAGUCUAUGGAAUGCGGAUGAUUGGGCAACAAGAGGAGGACUGGUCAAGACCGACUGGACACAGGCCCCUUUCACUGCGUCUUUCAGAAAUAUCAAUGUCAAUGCAUGUGUUGAGCCAUCUGGGUCAUCAUCUUGUGGCUCCAAGUUUUCCAAUUCAUUGCAAGGUGGAACACAGAAUGAUCAAGGACUAGAUGCUACGAGUAGGAAUAGAAUGCGAUGGGUGCAGUCUAAGUACAUGAUUUAUAAUUACUGCACCGACUUUAAAAGAUUCCCUCAAGGUGUUCCAGCUGAAUGCAAGCGCUCAAGGUUCCUGUGAGAGAUAGCAACACGUCUCUAGCCGUUCCAUGAUUAGUUUCCCUGUUCUUUCCUAUUUCUUGUAUCCAGUUUGAAGCAUUCAGUUCAUGUAAUUCUUUAUUCUUUAUUUGCACAUAAAGAAUUCCAAAUAAAAGCCUAUUAUUCUUUCUACCUUUUAUUCUGUAUUAGUAUUACUUCCUCCUCAAUCCACACAAACACAUGAAUUCUCUCUCUCUCAGCCCCUUUA